AUGGAUGAAUCCACUAAUACUAGUUUAUCUCUUCUUACAAUUCAAGGCCUGAUCAGCCAUCAAAUUCCGCCUUCAUUGGUUGUCUCUGUUUCUCUUUUGGCGCCUGGUGAUCGUUGUAUUGCUAACUCUAGUGUUGAUGUCUUGUCAUAUAUCAAUACUGGCACUGAGGGCGUAUAUAUAUGGAGCCAUUCAUAUUGCAUAAGAAAUAUAUAUUUUUUACCUAAAAAACGAAAUCCCACAAGAUCGAUGCAGAAGGGAACGUUCAGUGUUGUAAAGAAGCUUUUCCUGCUUGUCGUCCUGUUGGCUGUGGCAAUUCCGAUACGAUAUGGAACUACGGACUAUCAACAUCUGACACUGCGAUGUUUACAUUCAAUACUGAUCAUGAAGCAUCAACUACUCACGGAUCACCUUCGACCAACACUCAGUGCUGAGUAUCGCGCAUUCGAAAACUUGAUUCGUCUAAAACCAGUUGCCAAGAUCGAUUCAUCGGCAGAUCCAGUUGCUGUGGUCCAAGAAUUACGAGAUAACUUCGCAUUUGAUGUUAUUAUUCCUAUGCCAUCUCAAUGUCAACUUGAUAAAGAAGUAUUUCAAUAUAACGGGCGAUCAGUAGAUGCUUUCUGGGUUCAACAUCACCAAUACAAACUCCAAAAGAACUCGGACAAAAUACUGAUCUAUGUUCACGGCGGUGGAUUCGUUGCCGGUAACAUUCAAAAAUAUGGUGGAUUCGUCUGUCAUCUCUCUCGCGCUUUCAAUAUAACCGUUCUUUUUGUUGAAUAUCACCUCAGUCCUGAACAUCAAUACCCUGCUGGUGUUGAAGAUACGAUCACAGUCUAUCGUAAGCUUCUUCAGAACGAUGUUUCACCCUCACAAUUGAUCGUCAUGGGUGAUUCAGCUGGUGGUGGUCUUACUUUGCUCACAAUUCAAGGAUUGAUCAAUCGUCAACUUCCUGUGCCUCGUGGUGUUAUGGUUCUCUCACCAUGGGCUGAUCUCUCUACAUCAGGCGAAAGUUACAAACGCAACCGCGAUAUGGAUAUCGUUGCCGACAUCGACAAUUUCAGAUGGAUUCUUUCAUUAUUGCUUGGCAGAGAUCAUUCAUCUGAUUCGUAUGUUGAUCCCAACCUUAGUCCAUUGCAUGGAUCUUUUCAAGGAUUUCCAUCAAUGUAUGUUAAUGUGGGUACAGCAGAAUUGUUAGAAGACGAUUCAAGACAAGUUGCCAAGAAAGCUCAAGAGGCAGGUGUUAACGUCACGAUAGAACUAGGUGCACAUCUCAUGCACGAUUAUCCAAUGUUCUUUUCUUAUUUUCCUGAGGCACAAACUACCUUGAACAAUAUGAAACGGUGGGUGCAAACAGUAUUUACGAAAUGA